AUGGCGCCCUCCGUCGCGCUGCCCAGCGGCGCGCGCAUGCCGCUCGUGGGGCUGGGCGUGUACAAGGCUGCGGCUGGCGAGGAGGCGUACGAGGCGGUGCUAUCGGCGCUGCGCCUGGGCUACCGCCACAUCGACACGGCGCGGCUGUACGAGAACGAGGCGGACGUGGGGCGCGCCGUCCGGGACUCGGGCAUCCCGCGCGAGCAGAUCUUCAUCACGAGCAAGCUGCGCGAGUUCCACUGGGGCUACGACAAGGCCGUCGAGGGCGCGCGCUCCAGCAACGAGCUCAUCGGCUGCGGCUACAUCGACCUGUUCCUGCUGCACCAGCCGUUCGACCCCACGCUGCGCGCCGACACUUGGCGCGCGCUCGAGGACCUGCAGAAGGAGGGCGUGCUGCGGGACAUCGGCGUGUCCAACUUCGGGGAGCCGCAUCUGGUCAAGCUGGCCGAGACGUGGCGAGUCAAGCCCUGUGUGAACCAGAUCGAGCUGCAUCCGUGGCUCACGAGGGGGCCGCUGGUAAAGUACUGCCAGGAGAACGGCAUCCUGCUGCAAGCCUUCUCCCCGCUGGCGCGCGUGAAGAAGAUCGACGACCCGAGACUGGUGAAGAUCGCUGAGGAGGUGCAGGCUACGCCUGCGCAGGUGCUGAUCGCCUGGGACCUCGCCAAGGGCUACACGACGCUGCCCAAGUCUGUGCACGAAGCGAGGCAGAAGGAGAACCUGGAAGCGGUCAACGUCAAGCUGACGCCUGAACAGGUUGCAAGGCUGGACGCGUUCAACGAAGACUUCUUCUCGGGCACGGAUCACGUCAGCAACUCCGCUGUCUAAGGCAGCGAUGGGUUCACAUUGAAUUGUUGUUUAGCAG